GACGUCCGAUCUUGGUGAUGAAUGUGAUGGAUUGCAACCCCGCCCGCCAGCUGCACCUUCACCGAGCGUCGCCGAGGAUCUCGCCCGAGGUCGUCACGUCCUGUCUAUGCAUACCGUAUUGCUGCCCGCGCAACCGUUCUGCGCACCAUAGUUGUACCAACCAGCCCUCCGCGUCACUCCUGCGCUCCGCACGUCCUUCAACAUCUUGCGGCCCAGCAUGGCUCGGGCCCCGUUCCAGUCCAGGCCGACGAGGACGGACGACCUUGUCCGACGCCUACGGAGCAACGACACCGAUCCGAAGGAGACGAACGCCCUGAGAGCCUUGGCGAAGGGAAUGAUCAAGAUCUUCCAAGACGAGCGCCGUCCAUCGCACGUGCCGGAGGCCGCCGCGCUCGCCCCUGUCACCACCGCCAGCAGCUACCGAGACCUGUCCAGGGCUUUCGGCAACGCCGUGAUCCUCGGCACAGUAGAUGGCAGUCUCCUCGACCCUCAGCUCCUGCCGGCGUUUACGUCCGUCCUCCGCUGCGCUGAUGGGGACAAGACGGCUGAUCUCGAGCUUGGGUGCGUGAUGAAAAGUUUGCAGACGCGGCUCAAGGCCGCCGUUGAACAGGCCGAUCCCAGAUCCCAGUACCGGUUGAUCUGCACGCUGUCAUUCGUCCUCGACGCCCUGAUAGACACGAAGACCGCCGGUCUCAGUCGAGAAGAACUGCACGAGCCCCUGCUCAAGCAACUCGGGACGUUGAGCCGGGAGCGAGAACUCCGCCUGGCUCAGGCCGCUCGCUACGCGUAUCAAGCCUUGCUUGGGAUACCGAACGACGAGGGUCCGUACAAAGCUCUCUGGCGCAAUAUGCUGCCCGUCGUCCAAGGUGUGGCUAAAGUGGCUGGCGCGGUUCCCACCAUGGAUCCGGCCAAGCUCUUCGACGGUCUUACGCACUUGGGGGAUCUGCCGGCUCUGGUCCGCUCCAUGGUCGACGUGGUCAAGGCGCUAUCCGGCCUGGUCGACACCUUCGGAGGCGCGGCCGAGGGCGUCAAGCUCCUGCAGAAGCAGAAGAGCUGGUAUGUGGCUCUCCGGUUCACAGAUAUGUUGAUCCAAGCGAGGGCCUUCAACUACCUAGAGGAGUUUGUCGGAAAUGUGCCCUGCCACCAAGAAAAGGAAUUUCUGUGCGGCCUCUACGCACAGCUCGAGCGGGCCUGGGAAGUAGGAGACUCAUCGGCCAAACAGCAAAUCGUCCAGCUCCUCGAACAAAACCUGGUUCCCGCGGGGUGUAAAUCGGCCCAUCCACGCGUCCGCGAAUGGGUCAAGCUGGUUGCGGUUACUCUUGGACGACCCGACUGGAGAGACAAUGUUCUGCCUGCGCCGAAGUCCUGCUGUUCGUGGAGGAAAGGGUAUACGGUCUCGAUUCCCAUCUGGGAACCAAGCGAUGGCGCGUUCUCGGCAGACCUGCUGAACAAGGCUUGGGAAUGCUGUCUCGAAGCCCAGGUUUUCUACGCGGACGUCAAGGUGCGGGAACACUAUAUGGAGAACGACGAGCGACUCCUCAAGGUCGAACGGCUCUCGGGCGAUCGACUGCCGAUGGAGCAGUGCUAUAUCAACCUCGCCGUUGUGGAGCAGGCGGAUCACAAUCCCGGCCGCUCAGAGCAAGGAGAUGCGGAGCGCAAGUCUUCCCCGUUCUCGCUCCCCGCUCGGCUGAAGGUAGAGACUCCGGUUAAGGACAAGCAGGUCUCCUUGCCUUGCUUGUUUGACGCCCGGAAAAGACAGGAUAGUACGACAGCUCCACCACAGCGGAUCUUGAUUCGGGGCCAGGCAGGCGUGGGAAAGACGACCCUGUGCAAGAGGAUAGUCUACAACUACCUUCACGAGGGCAUGUGGGAUGGCAUGUUUGACCGCCUACUUUGGGUACCUCUGCGAACGCUGAAAGGGAGGUCGGCCUAUAAUCUGGAGCAGUGGCUUCGCGACGAAUACUUCCGUACUGGAAACGGAGAUAUAUUCGCCAAAGCAGUAGGACAGACGGUGGGCAACCCUGACGGGCGUAGCAGGACGCUGUUCAUCCUUGACGGUCUCGACGAAGUGUCUCGGGAGCUGGAUUCCGAAACGCCAGGGCUUCUUCACGACCUACUAAAACAGCCUCACGUCAUCAUCACCUCCCGGCCAUCCGGGCUGAGCCUGACUCACGUCGGACGCGUCGAUCUGGAACUAGAGACCAUUGGCUUCUACCCGGACCAAGUACAAGCCUACUUGAAGAUAGCUGUAGGUGAACAGGAGACAGAGAUCGAGACAUUCCUCCAGGAUCAUCAGCUUCUUCAAGGACUAGUUCGAAUUCCCAUACAGUUGGAAGCGCUCUGUUACAGUUGGGACGCUUCUAUGAACUCGCAAGGAGCACCGACGACCAUGACAGCCCUCUAUCGAACAAUUGAAUCGAAGCUGUGGAAGAAGGAUGCCGCACGGUUGGAAAAGACGCACGAAGGCAAACCGCUCUCUGAGGACGCCGCGAAGCGAUUGCUCGACAGCGAGAUCGCAUCGCAGGUAGUGCCGGAACUCAACCUUCUCCGCUGCCUUGCUUUCACUGGUCUCUGCAGCGACGUGGUCGAGUUCGACAAAGAUUAUCAAGACAAGAUAUGGGAGCAAUGGAGCCGUGUCUCGGGGUUACAAGCUGCGGAAGCUCGGCCGUCGUCUCUCUCACUCGCGAAGGUCUCGUUUCUACGCUCGUCAGACGCUCCCUCUAGUCAGAGACACCGAAGUUAUCACUUCUUACAUCUGACAUUUCAGGAGUUUUUCGCUGCGCAAUAUUUUGUAGAGCAUUGGAAGCCUGGGGAGAAGCUUCCAUGUUUGGGACUCGGCGGCGGAGUAACGAAACCCACAAACGCCGAAGACUUCCUUCGGACGGAGAAAUACAAGGCGCGCUACGAUGUCUUUUGGCGUUUCGUCGCCGGCCUCCUUUACGACAAGGGCAACGAGACACAACUCUUCCGAUUCUUUCGCACGAUCGACGACGAGCCGCGCGACCUCUUGGGCCCGACGCAUCAGCGGCUAGUCAUGCAUUGCUUGAACGAGACGCCGUCGAACAAUUCACCAAGCUUUACCUACCUUCGAACAAGCUUAGAGGACGAAUUGUCACGAUGGGUGUUGUUUGAAUGCGGCUUCCAAAACUGGUCAUCAUUGGCCCGCGAAAUGGAGAUUCCAGAACAUGUCCUGGGUGACGUCUUACGAAAAGGAUCUGAGAAUGCAAAAGUGAAGAUCCUGUCCUCCCUACGAAAGGUCUCGGCAAACGCCAUUGAACAAGCACCGAGCUGUCUGAAAGAUGGCGUCUCUUCCCGCUUGCAAAUUGCAGUGCUUCGCAUACCACAGCCACUCAAAGGCUUCCCGCGCGAGAUCCUCCAGGCUAUAGCGGGCCGGCUCGAGGACAAGGAUGGACAGGUCCGGCAGGCGGCGGCCCACGCCCUCGCACGCCGGGCGGACCUCCCGCCCGAGAUCCUCCAGGCCGUAGCAGGCCGGCUCGAGGACAAGGACGGACAGGUCCGGCAGGCGGCGGCCUACACCCUCGGACGCCAGGCGGCCCUCCCGUCCGAGAUCCUCCAGGCCGUCCAGGCCGUAGCAGGCCGGCUCGAGGACAAGGACGAGGACGUCCGGGAGGCGGCGGUUGACACCCUUAGAAGCCAGGCGGCCCUCCCGUGCGAGAUCCUCCAGGCUAUAGUAGGCCGGCUCGAGAAUAAGGAGGGGUACGUCCGGCAGGCGGUAGUCUAUAUCCUCGGAUGCCAGACGGCCCUCCCACGCGAGAUCCUCCAGGUUAUAGCAAGCCAGCUCGAGGACAAGGAGGGGUACGUCCGGCAGGCAGCGGUCGAUGCCCUCGGACGCCAGGCGGCCCUCCCGUACGAGAUCUUCCAGGCGAUAGCAGGCCGGCUCGAGGAUAAGGAUUGGUACGUCCGGCGGACGGCGGCCAACGCCCUCGGACGCCAGGCGGCCCUCCCACGCGAGAUCCUCCAGGCUAUAGCGAGCCGGCUCGAGGAUAAGGAGGGGUACGUCCGGCAGGUGGCGGUCCAAGCCCUUAGAGGUCAGGCGGCCCUCCCGCCCGAGAUCCUCCAGGCCGUAGCGGACCGGCUCGAGGACAAGGGCGAGCAGGUCCGGCGGGCGGCAGUCUAUACCCUCGGACGCCAGGCGGCCCUCCUGCCCGAGAUCCUUCAGGCUAUAGCGAGCCGGCUCGAGGACAAGGACGGGUACAUCCGGCAGGCGGCGGUCUAUACCCUCGGAGGCCGGGCGGCCCUCCCGCCCGAGACCCUCCAGGCCGUAGCGAGCCGGCUUAAGGACAAGGACGGGUACGUCCGGCGGGCGGCGGCCAAUGCCCUCGGAGGUCGGGCGGCUCUCCCGUGCGAGAUCCUCCAGGCCAUAGCAAGCCGGCUUGAGGACAAGGAAGGGCAGGUGCGGCGGGCGGCGGCCGACGCCCUCGCACGCUACGCGGCCCUCCCGUCCGAGAUCCUCCAGGCCAUAGUAGACCGGCUCGAGGACAAGGAGGGGCAAGUCCGGCGGGCGGCGGCCGACGCCCUCGGAGGCCAGGCGGCCCUCCCGUCCGAGAUCCUCCAGGCCGUAGCGGGCCGGCUCGAGGAUGAGGACCAGGACGUCCGGCAGGCAGCGGUCGAUGCCCUCGGACGCCAGGCGGCCCUCCCGCAUAAGAUCGUCCAGGCCAUAGCGGGCUGGCUCGAGGACAAGGACGAGCAGGUCCGGCGGACGGCGGUCUACGCCCUCGGAGGCCAGGCGGCCCUCCCGCCAGAGAUCCUUAUCCGGUAUGCAGAGUCCUUCUACAAGGUCUGGCUAAGGAGGAGCUUCGACGAGUAUUUCAGUUGUUACAUAGGCGACGCGGUCUACAUUCAUACGUCGGACGAUUUCAAAGCAAUCCAUUCCAAUCAGGUAGAUCGGUUUCGAGAGGCGAUCCAAGGAGUACGGAAAAAGUUGAGAAUUCCGUAGCCAUAGGGAGCACCCACAAGUAAGGAAUUAUACCACGUAGGUUAGGAGUACAGUCGAAACACAUUGUAUGUCGAGUAGGGCGAUGUGGUAAAGUAGACUAUGACUUUUCCAGAUCCACCACCACACUGCUACGUGUGUCAAGUACUCCAUCAAGGCGGUUUUGAAAGCGGGCGUGGAAAAGUUCAAAGCGCAGCUGUGCCGG